AUGUCAAUGAGCGGCAAGCGGGCCACGGUAGCCCCGCAGUCGAGUCUGACUUCUGUACCAGACGAUGAGCUGGAUGCAUACAUCGCAGACCAAAUCGUUCAAAGAUCUCGAGCCAAAGAAGCAAGUUCGAACAAAGGAGGCACGCAUUCAAACGCAUACGACGAUGCCGAAACAGCCGGACCGAGCAGAUCUCGAGUGCUCAACACAAACAAGAAAUUCCUAGCAUCGGUCAUCACGAACGUAGAGGGUCACAAUCAGGGGCUGCUCCGGCAACAGGCGAGAGAAGCGGAGCGGGCGGCUCGUCGAGACGCAAAGUCAAGAUCACGUUCACCCGCUUCGACUAGAGACGGACCCUCUUCGAAGCUUAGAGGCUGGUCUGACGAGGAUAAUGACGCGCUGAGCCCGAGCCAUACACUCGAAGACGGUGCUUCGAGACGGCGAAGCGAGUCUCCCGGGCUGUCAGGCAAGAUGGAUCGUUACUUCGACGAGUCUGCCUCUAAAAGUGAGAAAGCGGAGUCAAAGCGACACUCCGACGAACACUCGAAGGACAAGCUUCGCGAUGAUCGUCGCAAUAAGGGGCAUUACUCGAAACAUGGGUCUCAAAGACAUUUGAGUGGUAAAACAGAGCGCAAGAAUCACGCAGAUGAAUCAAGGCACCGUCCUUCGAGCCACAAAGAAUCCAGGGAGCAUCGACAUGCAGAUGAUCAUGGCCACAAGCGCGAAGAAUGGGACGUGGAAAGGAGGAAGCGACGCAAAGAAGGGGAUCGGGAGAAGGGGAAUUCAUCAAGACGCAGGAGCGUAGACUGCUCGAUUGAACGCAAAAGCUCUCGCUGUCGAUCGGACGAGCGGAGGAAAGAGCUGAAGGAAGAAAGCUCCACAAGAUCCAACGCCGAGGAUAGGCAGCCGAAGACAAAGGUCAGAGAAUGGGAUCUUGGGAAGGAGUCGCUUGCUAUCUGA